AUGGCCAUGGUUUCUCAUGGAGCUGAAAGGCGGGCUGCCAUGUCAAUUGAACCAAUUCACAGGAUGCAACACCAACAGUAUCAAAAUCUAUUGAAGAAGAUGUGCAUGCCAUUUAUGAAAGGUCCUGAGAACAGACAUGACUUUGCCAGCUUUGAAGAGAAAGACAGCAUUUCUUUCCUUAAAUUCCAUCCAGAUACCCCUCCUUUUGGGCCGAAUUACCCCUUAUUCCCACACCGAGAUGAUGUGCCUUUAGUAGAUCCCUGCUCAGGCUUUGUAAGUGCAGGAAGGGAUGCUGAGCUGCAGCCCAGUGUUGGAAAAGUUAUUGAAUCCCUGGUGGACUACAGUGAUGUGAAACCUCACCAGCGGGUCCCUACAGCAGGAAAGGGGGUGCGGACUGCUCACAGGAGGCAUAUGAUCCUCCUAGAGGAAACCAGUCAGGACCGACGGUGGAAUUCCAGGGCUGUGCCAGCUGCUUUGAUCAGGGCAAAACUCAGAGGUCACAAAACUCCAGCGAAAGGUCUUCAUGUUCUACCUGAUCAACACCAUAAUUUUGCAUUUUCUAUGGAUCCACAUCUCAAGGAUUCAAAUGAUCCUUCUGCAAGUUGGAGAGAAGAAAAAGCGAGGGACUAUUUCUACAAGUCAAGUACUCAAAAGGCAUAUGAAGAUGUUCCAUGGGAUAAUAUAUUGCCAUCCAAAAUUCAGCCUUCUGAAUCAACAGUGGAAGUGAUGGCUGAUCCUGUUUCCCAGUGUUUCACAAAAAGGAGAUACAAUCCUGAACCUGAAAUAAGCCAAGUUGUUGGAAACCUUUGGGAUAGAUUUCAAAGAAGAUAUUUUACCUCUUCACAGAGACCUGCUAAUUUUGUAAGCCAAAGCUCUCGAAUCUGUCAAAUCCCUUUGUACACUGGCUGUGUUGGUGCAGUAAAUUUUGAAGACAUUGACAAUCCCAGUGUGGACUUAAUCGUGUUUAACCAUGUGCAAACUUCAAAGCCUCGCUACACAAGGACUGCACACACUCCAAAUAUCCCUGGAUAUACUGGCAAGGUUCAUUGGUUGGCAACUCAUCCAGCAAAUUCUAAUCUUCCAUCAACAUCACCAUCAAUAAUUUCACAAAUGCAUGGAUAUAUAGCAAAACAUGGAAGAUCAUCUCAGUAUAAUCACCAGGGACCUUUUUCUCAGAUGAUAACUCCAGUUAGUCCUCAGAAUCCUUUCAACAAGAUUCAGAGAAACUAUUACAGUUUAAAAAGGGUCAGUCAUUUUUACCUGCCUAACCAAGCCUUAGUGUCUGAUAGCAAGGAAGAUGGAAAUGUGUGGAUAUUUUAA